AAUGCUUUAAGGAGGGAAAGUGAGGAAGAACAAGAAGACAAACACACUCGAGAGACAUUCUUGUGAAUGACACAGCUUUGGAGAAAUGGCUUUCAGGACUCUGCAAUCAAACGUCUGCCUGCUUCUCCUAAUCUUAGCCUGCCUACACUUCAGCACAGAGAACAGCACCGCUGCAAUAUCCUUUCGAGAAAAAUGUGAAUGUGUUGAGGAAACUGACUCAGUGCAAUGGAGAAAAAUUAAAGACUACACGAUCAGACAGAAAGAACCUCUUUGCAACAAGGUUCAAAUCAAACUCCAGCUGUCAGGUAAACAAGCUUGUCUAAAUCCAGACUCCAAGCAGGGGAAAAAACUGCAAAAAUGCUGGAAAAGGAUUAAAUUCAAUACACAGAGGAAGAAGAUCUGUCUGAAGCUCCAGAAGAAGAAUGGACCAAAAAAGCCCAAGAGGCUGUAAUUCAACAAUCUUUACCUUUUCUGUGUAGAAAGACUAUUUGUCUUUGUCAUUUAUCCUGCUUGUCCUUUAUUUUGCACAAAUAAAUGAUACAUGUAUUAUGUAGAUGGUUUUGUAUAUUUUUUGUACUGCUAUUUUCUAAUAAAACCUUGUAAAAGUU